UGCAAGUGGUAGUCACCGGAAGCGGUGGGAAAACAAUUACCAAACCCUUGUCUGGAAUUUUGAUAGGAAAUUCAAAUUACAGUUAAUAUUACUGAAAUUGGUGUACUGGACUAGCUGUCCUCCUCCAAUUUUCAAUUUGAUAUAUACUCUGUUUUUCUGGUAAAUCAAUUGAUAUAAUACUCUGUUUCUUACUUUUAUUGACUUUAAAAACACAAGAGAGAGAGAGAGACGAGUCGUCGUGCGUUUUGGUGGUGGGAUCCAAAUGGAGGGACAUUCGGAUAGCAGUCCGAAAUCACCGCUUUUGGCGAGCGGAUCUCCGAAGCUGAGUGGAAGCGGUCGGCGAAGUCGGCGGCUCAGCCGCAGGUACUCAGUCAACUCCCUCAGGAGGGAUUUCGCUUCUCGGCUUCCUGAUAAGGUUCGUCAUCAUCUUGAUGUUGAGUCUCCCUACGAUAUCGAUCUUGCUCGAGUCACUGGCUUAACUGAAGGAGAAAAGGAAUACUAUGAGAGACAACUUGCAACUCUGAAAUCUUUCGAGGAAGUCGACUGGAUUGUGCAAUCGGAGGGUGUGGAUGAGGAAGAUCUUGAAGAACAAAAACAACAUGAAAGAGCUAUGAAGAUCUCUAACUAUGCAAACAUAAUUCUCUUGGCGUUUAAGAUAUAUGCUACUAUAAAGAGUGGAUCGCUAGCCAUUGCUGCAUCGACAUUAGAUUCUUUGCUUGACCUAAUGGCUGGUGGGAUACUAUGGUUUACUCAUUUGUCCAUGAAAAAUGUAAAUAUCUACAAAUACCCAAUUGGAAAAUUGAGGGUUCAGCCUGUUGGUAUAAUCAUCUUUGCUGCUGUCAUGGCUACACUAGGUUUUCAGGUUUUCAUUCAAGCUGUAGAACAAUUGAUUAAAGAUGAACCUUCAGAAAAGAUGUCCUCCGAUCAGUUGGUCUGGUUGUACACUAUUAUGUUAUCUGCUACUGUGGUAAAACUUGCACUGUGGAUUUAUUGUAGAAGCUCAGGAAACACGAUUGUGCGUGCCUACGCAAAGGAUCACUACUUUGAUGUGGUAACUAAUGUAGUGGGAUUACUUGCUGCUGUACUUGCUGAUAAAUUCUACUGGUGGAUUGAUCCGGUUGGUGCUAUUGUCCUUGCUUUAUAUACAAUAACAAAUUGGUCAGGUACCGUCAUGGAGAAUGCAGUUUCACUCGUGGGACAGUCUGCUCCUCCUGAAUUCCUACAAAAACUGACUUAUCUUGGCAUAAGGCACCCUCAAGUGAAGCGUAUGGCACAUGUUAUUGGAGAGACCCUGCAAAUAAAGAUUGAGAAACUACCAGAAGUUGAGCGGGCAUUUGUUCAUAUCGACUUCGAAUGUGAGCACAAACCUGAGCAUUCUGUGCUUCAAAGGUUGCCAAACAGUCAUGAUUAACAACAGUAUAAAGCAGUAUAGAGUGAACUAGUUUUUGUUAUAGAAAUAUUAUAAGGUGAUAUAUCCAAUAAUCUGUUUAUUUC